AUGGCGACGGCAGGAGCGCUGCCGUCGCGGCUGCUGGUGCUGGUGGGGUCGGAGACGGGCAACGCGCAGGACGCGGCGGAGCAGGUAGCGCGAGAGGCGGCGCGGCGCGGAUACGGCGUGCGCGUGACGUCCAUGGCGGACUACCGCGCGGAGCAACUGCCCGGGGAGGCAGUGGUGGUGCUGGUUGUGGCCACGGCGGGGCAGGGCGAGGUGCCCAGCAGCAUGAAGCGCUUCUGGCGCUAUCUGCUGCGGCGCUCGCUGCCGCGCGACUGGCUGGGCGGCACGCGCUAUGCGGUGUUCGGGCUGGGGGACUCCGCCUACCAGCACUUCAACGCAGCAGCGAAGAAGGUGGAUCGGCGCAUGAUGGAUGUGGGCGCCGUGCCUCUGCUGCCCAGAGGGCUGGGAGACGACCAGCACCCCUGUGGGUACGCACCAGCGCUGGACGUGUGGCUGGCAUCGCUGUGGGCCGUGCUGCCACCACCGCCACGGCUCCCCUCGGCCUCCUCCGCCCUGCCCCCUGAGGACCGCCCCCGUCUACACGUGCAAGUGGUGCCUGAUGCCACCGCAGAUACUGCACCGCCACCACACACGGCAGCACCGCCAUCCGCCCCUGCACCUGACGCUGCGAUAGCAGCGGAUGAGUGGGUGGCAUGGUCGCACGAGAUGGCGGCAGCAGUGGCCAUGAUGGAUGCUGCACUCUCCGCGCCCUGGACGCCCCACUCGCCCUCGCACGCCGGCACUGCCGACGCCACUGCUGCUGCUCCACUUGCUGCUAUUUCUGACCAACCACCAGUACUUGAGGCCACCGAUGCUGCGUCUCCUGUCACUUCAGCAACAGCAGCAGCAGCAGCAGCAGGUGGUGGUGGUGAUGGUGGUGCAGGGGACAAGCAGCCCACUUUCGACCGCCACCAUCCGUUCCUCGCAACGCUGGAGGUGAAUCGGCGCAUCACAGCAGAGGGCCACUGGCAGGACGUGAGGCACAUCGAGCUCGACGCCCGUGGGGGACCGCAGUACUCCCCGGGGGACGUGCUGCACGUGUUCCCCUCGCAGCCACGCUCCGCUGUGCUGGCUCUGCUGCACCGCUGCCACCUGCACCCACACACACGAAUCCUCGUGCGGCCAGCAGGCGAGCUCUCCUCCACUGCUGCAGGGGGCACGCCAGUGUCGCUGCUGUCGCUCGUGGCGGCCACACUGGACAUCAACUCCGCAUCGCCACGCGCCUACUUCUUUGAGGUGUUGGCGCGCUUUGCAUCGGACGAGAGGGAGCGGGAGAAGCUGGCAUGGCUGGCAUCGCCAGAGGGCCGUGAGGAUCUGCACGAGUACAACCAGAGGGAGAGGCGCACCGUGCUUGAGGUGCUACAGGAGUUCUCCUCCGUGGCACUGCCUCUGCCCUGGCUGCUGCAGCUGUGUCCGCGCCUGCAGCCGCGCUCCUUCUCCAUCUCCUCCGCCCCGCUCGCCCACCCUGGUCGCUGCCACAUCACAGCAGCGCUCGUGCGCGUCACCACGCCCCUCAAGCGCACGCGCCUCGGCCUCUGCUCGCGCUGGCUGGCUUCCCUGCACCCAGGCCAAGCCCCGCCUCUGCCCAUCUGGGUCAUGCCCGGCACCCUCUCUCUACCGCCCCCCUCCGUGCCACUUGUUCUUGUUGGCCCUGGCACUGGCUGUGCUCCCUUCCGCUCCUUCAUCCACCAACGAGCAUGCCUUUCACGUGCUACGGCCCCUGCUGAUGCGGCUGGUGCAGAAGAUGGUGUUGCUGGUGCAGCGGCACCGGUGCUCUUCUUCUUUGGGUGCCGCUCACAGCAGGGCGACUACCUGUACCAGGCGGAGUGGGAGCGCCUUGCAGGCAUGCACCAGCAGGCGCGGUUGGAUGAGGGAGGCGGCUGGCAGGAGGGGAUAGCAGGGAGUGAGAGCGUCAAGGCAAAUGGCAGUGUGGGUUGCACUGAUGAGGCAGCUGGAAUGGAUGGGGUGAAUGGGGCUGGUGCGGUGGCAGAGGAGUCGAGAGUAAUCGGUGCAGGAGGGCAGAGGGAGGGGCAUGAGGGCACCCCUCUGGCGCAAGAGAAGGGAGGUGGGCUGUUUGUGGCGUUCUCGCGUGACCAGCCAUCCAAGGUGUACGUGCAGCACCUGAUUCGAGCGCAAGCACGGCAGGUGUGGCACUUGCUGCAGCAGGGUGCCGCGGUUUUCAUUGCUGGCUCAGCCAAUAAGAUGCCGGCAGAUGUCAUGCGCUCACUGGAGGAUGUGGUGAGGAGGGAGGGUGGGGUGGAGGAGGAGCAGGCGAGGGUGUGGGUGAAGGCGCUGCAGCGAGCAGGAAGACUCAUGGUGGAGGCAUGGUCAUGA